UCUCUUCUAAGAGACUUGCGUCUGUGGCUCUGACUUGAAAUUAGCUUCUCUGCCAAGACUCAGCCAUUAUCAUUAAUGUAGAAAUUAGGGAAUUAAUCUUUCAUAUCUUUGAUAUGAUAUAGCUCCUCCCAAACCUAGUUAUAGUGUUUAAUAUAAGUGGCAUGGGACAACUGACCAGCCCCUAUGCAGAGUAACUUUUCUCUUGAGCUUGAUCUGCAAACACCAUGAGGACCUUACAGGAAAAACUUCUUGUAUUUGCUGUUAUUCUGUCUCUGAUCUGUGCAUUUCAGGUCUGUUCUAAACCUGUAUCAGAAGACUGGAGAGGUUUGGUUCAGCGUACCAAACGGUCUCUUCUGUGGAGAUGGAACAGCAUGAAGCCUGUGGGUGCCAUCUGCAAAGAAAACUUAGAGUGUGGCACCAAAUACUGCAGGAAAAAUAUCUGUUCCUUCUUGAACUCCACCUGAUGAGGAGAUACAACUCUAUCAGGGUGACUGUCUACAAGACAAACUUUUUUUUGGGGACCAGAGCCUCUCAAAGUCAACCCUGCAAGAAGUUUUUUUCUGGAGUCAAAUAGCUCCAUCCAGUGAUACAUCGAUCAUUCAGAUCACUUGCAGGACAUCAUACAGGAUGUAUCAAUGUGAUCAUGUUUUUAAUAAGAAAAUAUAAUUUUCCAAAAAGUG